UGCUGGCUCUUCGGUUCCUACCCUCUGUGACACAAAGUGACAAUGGGCUUCCCAGAGAUGAGGGUCUUGACGUCGUCCUAUGAUGCCACCCCCUUAAGGAAGCUAGGUCGGGCUAUCCUGCAACACACCUCGGCUCAUGGUAUCCCUAACAUCUUCAGGUCCAGGCACUGGUUUCGGCGCCUAGUUUGGCUUUUUUUUGUGACAUUUGCCCUGUCCUGUGCUCUUUGGCAGUGUACCGAGAUGGUCAUGACCUACUACACUUACCCAUCACAUGAGAAGAUCAUGCUCAUCUCAAGUGCCAAACUUAAAUUCCCGGCUGUCACCAUCUGCAAUCUGAACAGCGUUCGACUUUCGUCCAUCCAGAAGAACUUCGCCAUGUCUACCUCACUGCAGGGUUCUGGUCUAGAAACGAUCCACCGUAGAAAUCGAACGUAUGUCAAUUCCUCUACAGAGUUCCAAGAUGAGGCAGUGCAGUUUGCCAGUGCCUUCAAUAAGUUUGCUUCGGAGUUUAACCAGUUAUCCGAUGAGCAGAAGAUUGAAAUGGGACAUCAGCUGGAGGACAUGCUAAUCUUCUGCAACUUCCACGGUCAAGAAUGCAACGCGAGUUACUUCUCUGCUUUCAUUAACUAUAAAUUUGGAAACUGUUACACAUUCAAUUCCCAGAAGCCCACAGAUUUCAAAGGGAACUCUGUCAGCACCAAGCCACUGAACAUAACCAAAGCUGGCUUUAUGUAUGGAUUGCACCUCGAGCUGUUCAUUCAACAGAUUGAAUAUGUAAGAGACAUGACGCACGCUGCUGGAAUUCGCCUUCUCAUCCACGAUCAAACGCAAAUGCCGUUCCCUGAGGAUGAAGGCGUAAAUGUGCCACCAGGAGCUGAGACUGAUAUUGGCAUGAUGAAGGUUCUCAUCAACAGAUUAAAAUCACCAUAUGCAAGCCAAUGCACAGAAGGGGAUGGCAUAAAAAAUUUCUAUAGAGAUGUUUACGGCGCUGGGUACACACGAGAGGCCUGUAAACGGACAUGUGCGCAGAUGAAUAUUAUUGAGAACUGUGGCUGCAGUCACUGGGAAUUUGCCUGUCCCAAGGAUCUGGGUUUUCCUAAGUGCAAUCUCAGCAACAACCUAAUCCGUGACUGUGUGAAGUUGUAUGAAUUCAAAUUUGCUCAUGAUGAGUUAAACUGUCAUUGCCCCCUACAGUGCAAAGAGGAAAUGUAUGAGCUGACUGUAUCAGGGUCCCAGUGGCCAUCCAGUGCUUUUAUUGAAAACUUUGCAAAAGAGCUGAGAGAAUGGGGAGGACAGAUGAAAGAUAUCGCUGACAACCCAGUGCUCAUUAGAGAUAACUUUGUGAAAGUUGUGGUGUAUUUCAAACAGCUAAAUUUUGAAAUGAUAGAAGAGGAGCCCUCAAUGACGGAAAUCAAUCUAAUUUCUAACAUGGGGGGCUUGGUUGGCCUUUGGGUGGGCUUCUCAGUUUGCACCCUAGCGGAGUUCUUUGAAUUAUUCCUCGAUGUCCUUCUUCUCUUUAUUCGGAGGUGUAUGAGGACAGUGAACAAGGAAGGCUACUCCAACCCUUAUAUGCAAAAACAGAGUCCCAUCUAUCUACAAAGAACCACCAAAUUCUAAGCAGAAGAAUGGAAAAAAGAGGACCACAGUGUUGGAGACAUAUUAUAAAGAACCAUCAACGCAUUCAUAUGUCCGCAGUGUGUUGUUUUCUCCUUCAUUUGUGCUUAAUAUUUACACCAGCUGACAAAAGAAUGUAACAUAUAUGCAAUGACA